GGGAGUCUUCAAGUUAUAUGCGUGGGGAGGGUCGGUCGAGCUUCUUUCGGCCGCGGGGAGGGGGGGGGGGGCGUGUUCUCAGCAAGCCUGCGCGGUCCGGGCGCGCUUGAGGUCGUAGCGCAGCUCGCGCGCGAGCAUGGGGUCGUUCGCGAGCACCGCGUCGACGGCCGCGCCGUGCGCGCGGAGCGCCUCGGCGAGCGUCGCCUCGACGUCGGCCGCCACGCCGAGGCGGAGCGCGCGGAGGCGGUGCCGGAGCGCGAGGAGCGUCGGCAGGACCUGCUCGAGCAGGUGCUUCUUGGACGCGCGACCCAGCAGGCGGCCCCGGGCCUUGUCCAGCGCGGCGGCCGCCGGGUCGUCGGCGUCGUCGUCGGCCCGGUCCUUCGCGCGCGCCCCCUUGCGCAGGCGCAAGUCCGCGCGCAGGAUCCGGAGCGCGUCGGCCAGGCGGCCGUCCAUCUUCGCCAGCGCCGCGUCCGGCGCGUCGGCCGCGGGGCCCAGGACGUCCUUGGCGAGCCGCGCGGUCGCCUCGCCGCGCCGCUCCGGAGACAGCGCGGCGAGCGCCGCCGCGUAGACGGGGCCGCGGCGCUCGGCGUCGCCGUAGCGCGCGGCGAGCGCGGCGUCGCCGCCGUUCAGCGCCACCACCAGCCCGACGACGUGGCGCGCGACGCGCCCCUGGUUGUCGUCGACGACCUCCUUCAGCGCGUGCGCCGCCGCCGCCGCGACGGCGCCGUCGGCGUCGGCGGCGCAGCACGCGAGCCGGUGGCACAGCUCCGGCCGGAGCUUGAGGUAGUCGCGGCCCACGAGCCGCGCGAGCGCGACGACGGCGGCCCGCCGGACGGCCGCGGCCGGGUCGAGCAGCGCGCCGGCGAGCGCCCCCGCCUUCGCGUCGACGAGCGCCGUCCGCACGGUGGCCAGGUCCGCCAGGGCCGCGAGCGCCGUCGCGCGGACGGCCGCGUCUCCGUCGCGCUCGAGCGCGGCCGCGAGGCGCGGCACGGCCGCGGUCCGCGCGACGGGCUC